UUUAGCUAUGGCAGCAGGAGAUAUGGGAGGGUCAUGGAGAGACAUGAGGAGCCUAACAAACCAAGUUCUGUCAGGAAGAUGGUUCAUGGUGUUCGCAUCUUUCUUGAUUAUGUCUGCAGCUGGUGCAACUUACAUGUUUGGUCUCUACUCCAACGAGAUCAAAACAUCUCUUGAUUACGAUCAAACCACUCUCAAUUUAUUAAGCUUUUUCAAAGAUGUGGGUGCCAACGUCGGUGUUCUCUCCGGCUUAAUCAACGAAGUCACACCACCGUGGGUGGUGCUAGUCAUCGGCGCCGUCAUGAAUUUCUUUGGCUACUUCAUGAUAUGGCUUUCCGUGAAAGGUACCAUUCCAAGACCCCAAGUUUGGCAGAUGUGUCUCUACAUCUGUCUCGGUGCCAAUUCCCAAUCUUUCGCUAACACUGGAGCUCUGGUCACCUGUGUUAAAAACUUCCCUGAAAGCCGAGGUGUGGUUUUAGGGCUUUUAAAAGGUUUUGUGGGUCUCAGUGGUGCUAUUAUGACUCAAAUCUACCAUGCCGUCUAUGGAGAUGAUCCAAAAUCUCUCAUCCUUCUCAUUGGUUGGCUUCCUGCUGUUAUUUCUUUCGCUUUCGUUCGAACCAUUCGAAUCAUGAAAGUGAUUCGACAAUCCAACGAGCUGAAAGUGUUUUAUAAUUUCCUUUACAUCUCACUCUGCCUUGCUGGUUUCCUCAUGAUCAUAAUUAUUGUAGAGAAGCAAUUUCCGGCGAUGGAUAACCGAGUUGGGUACAGUUUGAGUGCUACCACUGUUGUUGUCUUGCUCUUCGUCCCCCUCACCGUCGUUUUUAAGGAAGAGAUUAUCACGUGGAAGAAGAAGAUGCAAGCUCUCCAGCCUUACUCUUCUUCUUCUUCGCCGGAGUUGAAAAUUAAGAUUGAGAAGCCAACGACGGCGGCGGCGGCGGCGGCGAUAGUAGCGUUGCCACCACCACCAUCAUCAGCACCAUCACCAUCAACAAAGCCGGCGGUGUCUUGCUGUGGUAACAUAUGCAAGGCACCUGAUAGGGGUGAAGACUACACAAUUUUACAAGCUCUAUUUAGUAUGGACAUGUUAAUUCUCUUCAUAGCCACGACAUGUGGGGUUGGAGGAACAUUGACGGCCAUCGACAAUCUCGGACAAAUCGGUCUCUCACUCGGUUACCCAGCUCGGAAUACAAGCACUUUUGUGUCACUAGUGAGUAUAUGGAACUAUCUCGGAAGAGUGGUGGCGGGUUUCGUGUCGGAAAUAGUUCUAAAAAAAUACAAAUUCCCACGUACCCUUAUGCUCACACUAGUCCUCUUCAUCUCCUGCGCCGGCCACCUCUUGAUCGCCUUUGGAGUUCCCAAUGGUCUAUACUUCGCAUCUGUGAUUAUCGGAUUCUGUUUCGGGGCACAGUGGCCGCUACUCUUCGCCAUAAUAUCGGAGCUAUUUGGGCUAAAAUAUUACUCAACUUUGUACAAUUUUGGGUCGGUGGCGAGCCCAAUUGGAUUAUACAUUCUGAACGUGAAGCUUGCAGGGCACUUAUAUGAUAAAGAGGCGAGGAGACAGUUGGCGGCGUUGGGGAAGACUAGGGUGGUUGGGAAAGGAUUGACCUGCACAGGUGUGGAUUGUUACAAGCUCUCUUUCCUUAUAAUAACGGCGGUGACAUUGUUUGGGUGUGCUGUGUCCUUUAUUCUUGUGUUGAGGACAAGGAAGUUCUACCAGAGUGACAUUUACAGUAAGUUCAGGGAGGCGGCGGAGGCGGCGGAGGCGGCGGAGGCCGGCGAGACCGAGAUGGCUCUGGCUUCUAACGGGAAAGGUGGCGAGAUUUCUUCUUCUUCAAUUGUCUCAAAGACAGAGAAAGAGGGGGAAGUGAAUGGAGAUGGAAGGAGGAUAGAGUAG